GUAAAAGUGGGCGGAAGUGUCGGUCCUUUAUUUCAAAAACGGAGUGAUGUCAAACAACAGUGGCAGAUUGUUUGACAAAGUCAGAUGUCUUCCAACCAGCUUAUUCAACGACCAUAAACCAGUUGAAACAUUAAGAGGAUAUACAUCGAUGCCCGGGACGUAACCAUUCUCCAGAGAGCUUAUCUGUUUGGAGACAGCGAUAGCGGCUUGAAAUGACGACAACAUCUUCUAAUGCCAUGAAAUGAUCGCGGUUCUGCAGCCCACUGCACCUGCAUAUAGUUAAAAUCAAAGGACUCAUGAAAGGGCACUGCAUGGAGACAAGUUGGAGUCUCCGGACCGCGGGCCGCGGUACUGCUUUUUGCUGUUAUGGAUCUCCGAAGUGCACGAAUUUGAGAUCAUUUGUUCAAGAACGAUUCAUGCUUUUGUUUUCAUCACGAGAAAAGUGAAACGUUCAUAUCUGCCGCCUCCAAACCAACAGGCGUUGCGCUGGAGCGCUUUUUUCCUAUUUGACUUCUUCUCCAACUUAUUUGUCUUGGUCGUUGGGAUAAAUAAAACAAUGUAGGCAUGAGUUCGUUCAAAUAAAAACGCUUUUUUGUUGUUUCGCCGUUAUUUGCAUUACACCAGUAAUAGCCAAUCUGGACCGAGACCAUAACAGCGUUUUAUGUCAUGCACGAACACGGGGAGGAUCUUCUCACAUAAGAUAUAAAAGACUAUGUUUCUUUUGUUUAGAUUUUCCUACAACCGAUGAAUGUUUAUAUAUAUAUAUAUAUAUAUAUAUAUGCUAUAUUUGAUAGAGAUGGCGUGACAUCCCUGUUUUCUGCGCUGGUCCGAACAGCUUCAGAAGGAGAUAUUAAUGUGGGCGGACCUUGGCUCAUCUCCAACAUAUAUUUUUUAGGGGGCUGAAGGAUCGGACCAUUUACUACAGCUUCGUAGUACUUCUCGUCACCAUCAAGAGAUUUUCCAUAUAAACCAUCGGACAUUUUUUAACGGCAGAAUCAGAGAUCUGAAUUAUUCUACCUCUUCCUUAUAACAUUUCGUCAGGAUAUAAUGGCCGAGGCCACAGCUAUAGAUAGGUUGAGCACUGCAGCUGCGAGAGGAGAUCUAAAGGAAAUUGAGACGAUAUUGCAAAGCAACGUGAACGUUAAUGAGAGGAACAAGUUCGGCAGGACACCAUUGCAGGUGAUGAAACUUGGCUGCCCUCCCAUAGCGGAGGCGUUGCUUGGAGCACGUGCAGACCCAAACGCGCGCGACCCCAUAGGAGGACUGACCAUCAGUCACGAUGCCGCGCGAGACGGAUAUCUGGACACUUUACAGGUGCUUGUGCAGAAUGGUGCUGAUGUCAAUCUCCUUGAUGAUAACGGCAACCUGCCUCUGCAUCUGGCGGCGCGAGAAGGACACCUGGAUGUUGUGCAGUUCCUCGUAUCUCAUUGCAAAAAGCCUUUUCUGCCUAACGCAAAAGGCUGCACCCCUCGUGACCUGGCGCUUAUGCACAAAAAACACAGAACUGUGGAGUGGUUAGAUAGUAUUGCGCCGUCAGAAUCCAGCUAGAGAAUAAGAGUAGGCUAUAGGCCAUUGUGAUUUAUUUUAUAACAAGAGGUAGCACAUAAAUGCUGAACGAGCGAUAUGUUGCAUUGCAGAACAUUCAGCAAACUACCUCUUAUUGCAUUGUAAAAUAGGCUAUUGGAUAUCGGGCUCAGGGGCAUGUCUUUUUGUGAAGAACAAAUAACAUUUCAUUUAGUAUUAGGCUACAUGUAAUUCACAUGAACUUUUAAGUAUAAAAAAUGCUUUUUAAUUGGCUGAACUGCUUUUGUUUUAGGUCUCUGACAUUGAAAUAUUCCUCAAUUUCUGUUAAUAAAUAUUUUUCUGGCUAAAAGUCAAAUACUCCCACAUUUUAGAUUUGUAGAUAAUUUCUUUCACUAACUUUCAAUAUUACAUUUCAGCAAAGAACAAUAUAUCUGUCCUUUACGUCCUGUUUUAUAACAAGAAAAAUGUCAAUAUUGUUUAUCAGUUAUUUUUAUGGAUCUGCUUAAAGAAAAAUGUACAUCUCCUUUUAUUGAAGUAAUUGCACUAUAUAUAUCCACUUAACAUUCCCUGACUGCUCUGUUGUUGUUGUUGUUGUUGUUUUGUUUUUUUGUCUGGUUUUAUGACAACAAACUUGCACUUUUGCUUGUAAUUACUGCAUUUUUAACAUUUUAUCAGGCCUUUACUGUGAUUAUAUAUAUAUUAUUUUUUUUUAUUUUUUUUUUUUCCCCUGGUCGCAUUGAAAAUAUUAAAUCUUUAUAAAAUAACCAAAGACAGCUGUUAAACGGUUUCACUAUGUUUUCAUAAUGUUGAGUGUUUAACUCUGGCCUCGUGUCGAUAAAAUACGGGUAGGCCUAGAAACAUUUAUGAGACUGUAUUACAAUAUGGACUUAAAUAAAAUAUUUGACUGGACAUUGAAAACUGCUGUUUGAUGUUGUCAAAUGUUUAAAACAGACCAAUAAAACGCCGUGACAUUGGUAGUGGCAUUU